CAAUAUUCAACUCAAUUUCGAGGUUUAGAACCGUUAAAGUUUUGGCGGUAAACAACUGUAUAAUAUUUUUUAUAACAAGUUUCGUUUUUUGUUGACUUAAAAAGAUGCCUCUGAAGAAAACGACGAAACGUCCCGCUCCAGCUGCACAAAAUUCUCAACAAGGCACGAGAUCUGUGAAACGUUCAAAAAGUAUCAGAAUAAAAAACAAUAAGCCGGAUAAAAAUCAAGAAAAUCAUGAACCAACAGCAAGACUUAUACUACGUCAAACCAAUGUGGGAGGUAUCGUUCUUACAUGUGGUCAAGGCGAUGUUGGUCAACUUGGCUUAGGAGAAGAUAUUCUAGAAAAAACCCGUUUUUCUGUAAUUCCUAAUCAUUCAAAUAUUGUUGCAAUAGCAGCUGGUGGUAUGCACAAUGUAUGUUUAACAAAAGAUGGUACGAUCUUAACGUUUGGAUGUAAUGAUGAAGGAGCAUUAGGUAGAACUACUUCCGAAGAAGGUUCUGAAACUAUCCCAGCAUUUGUAGAAUUACCGUUACCUGCUAUUCAAAUAACAGCGGGAGAUUCGCACAGCGCAGCUCUCUUGGAAGAUGGACGAGUCUUCAUUUGGGGUUCUUUUAGGGAUUCGCAUGGAACCAUGGGAUUAUUGACUAAAGAUAACGAACGUUUCCCUGUGCAAAUACCUCUCCAAAGAAAAUUCAUAAAAAUCGCAUCAGGAGCAGAUCAUUUAGUAUUAUUGGACGAGACUAAACAAGUUUACACUUGUGGUUGUGGUGAACAAGGUCAACUUGGCCGUUUACCUGAAAGAAAAACUGAUAGACAUAGUCGACAAGGAAUAAAUCAAUUACUCACACCUGGCCAAGUCCAUUUCAAAAUAAACAAACAUGUAGAAGUUGAAAAUAUUUGGGCUGGUACAUACGCUACAUUUAUAAAGGAUUCUCAUAGUGGUGAUAUAUAUGUAUUUGGUUUGAAUAAUUAUAAUCAAAUAGGUCUAAAGGGAACGGAUAAGCAAUUUCAUCCUAUAGUUUCAAAAACAUUGAGUAAUCAAAACUGGAUACAAAUAAGUUCCGGUCAACAUCACACUAUCGCCUUAGAUGAAAAAGGCAAAGUUUAUGUUUUAGGUCGUAAAGAAUAUGGAAGACUAGGUCUUGGUGUGGUUGAAGCAGAUGCAAUAGAACUUACAGUUGUCCCUGGCCUGGAUAAAAUAAAAUGUGUUGAUGUGGCCGCCGGUAGUGCUCAAUCCUUUGCUGUUACUGAAAGCGGAAAGCUAUAUGCUUGGGGCAUGGGGACAAGCGGUCAACUUGGAACAGGAGAAGAAGAAGAUGUAGAUGUUCCAAUAUUAAUAGAGUCUAAACAGUUAAAGGACGUACAACUAAUUAGGGUUUCAGGUGGUGGACAGCACACUAUCGUUUAUGGAUUGCAAACAACUAUAAACAAAAUUGUCGCUUAACGGCAGAUUUAAAUUUGAAAUUUGUACCGUAUGUUUGUUUAUUAGUAGAAGUGUGCAAGUUAUUCGAUCCUAAUAGAGACAAUGAAUUAAGAAACAAAUUUACAAAUAUUUACGUAAAAUAAUUGAAAAAAUGACAAAGCUGUGAGAGGUUAAAAAAUUGACAACAAAAGCUCUAAAUAAGAAACUAUACGAUGAUCAAUCAUUAAAAUAUAAAAAAGGAUCUGUUUUCUAUUUAUAAGUAA